AUGUCGGCGACUCCUUCUCCCUCUCCGUUGCAAGGCCCCAUCAGCCGCAUCGACGAGGAGAGUUUGCCCCAAGGCCACUGCCGCUACAUCUUAUUGGUUCCCGGCAUUAAGGGCCAGCGAUGUGCUUGCGUACACUUCUCCCUCAACCGCUCAACACCCGGGGCAAGUUGUGACUGUGGACACAUGGCCUGCUAUCACGUCAAAACCCCGGAACCAUCUUCCACUCGACAAGAAGUCGAGUUAUUGAAGCAGCGUCUUCAGGCCCUCGAGGAACAGUUGGACCAGCAGAGACAGGGCGGCCUUGGAACCAUCGUCGCUAGGGUGAGCGAACUGGAGGAGUUUGUCGACAAGAGUCGGGAGGAAAUAGGCCAGGAAAUCAAAAGCUCCUAUCGCAACAUCAGCAGGGCCUGGCAGUCCAUCGAGCAGCUGAGUCGGCGAACCUCUAAGUUACAAGAAGGCCUACGCUCCCAGUUGGAUCAUCUGGACAGUGUAGAGGGCGGGUUGAAGAUUAUCAGCAAUCGACAGAUGGAGCUCUUCGACGCCGACGAGAGCAUAGAGGAGAGACUGGAACAGUUGGAGUCUGAUCAUGAUCUAUUGUUCAGUCGAGGUAGCCAGCACCUGGACGUCGAAGCUGAGAUCAAACCAAUGCGUACCGGUGUCCUGAGGGUCUCUUACUCGCGCCCUCCGACUGAGUCACAUUUCCGGACCGAAGCUCGAAGCCGUUGGGACGGUGUGCAUCCCGCACCCCAUGCUUCUCCAGCCGUCAGCCCCACUGAAUCAAACGGCAGUUCCAAUAGUUGUGGCGCCUGGACGGUACACAUUUCAUUGCUUCCGACGGCCUCUCAGCCUUUUCCAUUUGAGAGGGACACCAAUGCCUAUAAACGCUGCCUCUCACGUGGCCUUCACCGGACGGUUGUAGUUGGCGGGUCCGACGGUACUUCCUUCGUUGAGGCUGUUACCAGAUCCUUCGACGGCCUCCUCGAAGGGAGACCAUGGAUGCCACUGCAGGCGAGGCUUUGCGACGCAGAAAGGCUCCAGGGACUUCCCAUGCUACGGCCGCUAGACCCCGGGCUCGUCGACGAGGAGUACGAUCUCGACUUUUUGCGAAAGCACUGUGGCGUUUGCGAGCCCAGUGGCAAGAUUGAGUCGCUGUACAUCGCCAUGCGUCUUGACAAGUUUUCGUGGCACUUUCUCCGAAGCUCUCCCAAGUUUAUUGAUGGCCUUGAGAAUUGCUGGGUACACGAUCCGCUUCUGGACCCAAGUAACCAAGCCGACGAUGACCACGAUCGGCCUUCGGCUGGUGACAUUGUUCCAUGUCUUCCAAACCUCAAACGCCCUGCAUCUGAGAUGUCGCAAACGACCUAUUUAGCGCGCUCGACGACGACAACCGGUGAAAUAGAUGAUCAGCGGUGCAAGAAUCGGAGAACAACUUGCUUGCCAACGUUAGUUGAGCCGCGUAGACGCCUAGAGACCGUGUAA